AUUCAAUUCAAAUAGAAAAAAGCCAAAGCAAACUCAAAGAGUCAAGAGCAGAGCUAAACCAAAAAACAGAAUCAUUCCGUAUUAACUGAAUUGAAUUGAAUUAAACCGGGUUUGGUUUGGUUUAGUGAUGGAAGGACCGUCGUCUACAAAGUACAAAGGAGUGAGGAAAAGGAAAUGGGGAAAAUGGGUUUCAGAGAUCAGACUUCCCAACAGCAGAGAACGUAUAUGGUUAGGCUCCUACGACUCUCCCGAGAAAGCGGCGCGUGCCUUCGACGCUGCUCUUUUCUGUCUCCGAGGCAACAAUGCCAACUUCAACUUCCCGGAUAAUCCUCCGGUUAUCUCCGGCGGAAGAAACAUGUCCCGGUCUGAGAUCCGAGAAGCCGCUGCUAGGUUCGCUAAUGCGGAGGAGAAUGUCGUGGCUGAGAUGGUGCAGCUGCAAGAGUCUUUGGAAGAAAAUGUUGCGAGAGAGAUGGUGCAGCAAGAGAAGUCUACUUCGACGUCGAUGAUGGAGAUUGAUGCGGAGUUUCUGAGUAAGCUUCCGACGGUUGGUUCGGGUAAUUUUGCUUCGGAUUUCGGGUUGUUUCCCGGGUUUGCAGAAGAAUAUUGCGGCGAUCGUUUUGUAGAACAGGUUGAACCUACGUGGAAUGGUUAUGAUGAGUCAGUGUCUCUUUGGAAUUUUUGAACUACAUGAUUCCCUCGCAGAGAAUCUAAAUUUUAUUUUUAUUUUUGGGAAGUCGGGCCCAUCAAAUGUGUUUCAUUUUAUUUUAUAUCCAGAAUUUUAAUUUGGAUAAGUUUAUUUUUUAUUUUAUUUUUGUAAUUUUCCCGACUUUCUUGGACAUUAUUUCGAUAAUGAUUCAUUAUCCUCCGUCAAGUAUUUGUUUUUGUUUUUGAAUUGAAGAAAAAAUAUAUUUGUAUUCAAGUGAAAUAUAAAUGAUUUCUUUGAAGCCUUUUACAACCAAUAAGGCGGCGAGGCUGUGUUGA